AUGGUCUGUCUCUGUGGCUAUGACGCCAAUAACGACCACUGCCAUCUUCUGAGCAUGCCACCGUCUCCGAAUGAUUUCUAUGAGAACUUCUGGGCACCAACGUUCACGAAAUUGCUUGAAGGCGGUCUUCGCACAGUUCCGGCAAGACAUGAACCAUCGAAACGAAUUCAAUGGAGGAGGGUCUUUGGAGACGAUGCACAGGACGAACCCCUCCUCGAUAUGUGA